CAAAAAGUUGGUCGGUCCAUAGUGCACAGAUGAAAGUCAGAGGAGCAUUGUCCCUUCUCAUCAGAAUCUAAGCUUGUACAACGUCGUUUUCCAUCAACGAACUGCAAGGUCAUUGCAGUGAUCUUUUUAUGUCCACCAUUUUGUACGAAUAAUUUCCAAAUCGAGACCCACCCUAAAACCCUCUCUCAAUCGCACCCGUCAAUCAAUUCCCACCGAAAUCCUUGCCUCUUUCACCUCCCAACCCUCCCCUCAGGAAUUCAAAAUCUAAGGUUUUUCUAUCUGCCCAAACUUCGCCCCCUGAUUACCCUGAGCCGAAUUCUUGAUUUCGCACCAAACCCCACUUUUGGUAAAGCUAGGGUUCUGCGAUCCCCAAUCCAUUACUGGUUUAUUUAUUUCAAAUCUGGGCUCCCCUCUAAUAAGGAAAAGUAUAGCUUUUCAUUUUUUUAUUUAUGUUUCUAUGAGCUGGAGCUAGGGUUUUCAAAUCUCUGUCGCCACUGGUGGUGGGUUUGGAGCAGUGAAGUGUGGGGUGCAAGAUUUGUUGUUGUUGUUGUCGUUGUUGUUGUUGUAAAUUAGGAGCUGGAGUUCCCUUGAUGUCGGCGUUGAACCGUAACGGCAUAUGUUUGAGCAACUGUUUCUUGCAUUUCUCUGAAUGGCAUCCCUUGGAAUAGCGAAGGGAGUUGGGGCUUGGAGCUACAAGCCUUCAUAAACCAGGUUUUGGGACAAGUAUUGUCACCUUUUGUUUUGGCUGUGAAUUUCAAUUGAAGCUUCUUAUGUUUGGUAAGAACUGUUUGUUUGCGAGAGUGAUCCAGAUGGGCUGUUGUGGUUGUUUUGGAUUUUCAUCCCCAAGGAAACCAAGGCGCGGUGCAGGCAUGGGCAACCACGCGUCGCAGGAGUUGUUGCUGGAUGAAGAACUAGAAGAUGUGGACGAUUGUUCGUAUAAUGGUGAUUUUACUGAAACUGGGCACGGAGAUGAUGGGGAGACAAAAAGUCCUACCAAACGUUCUGAAGAGAUUAUCUUGUAUAGAACACAACGUGGAUUGAUUUGUAGGCAAUUUCCUGUUAAGGAAACGCACCAACUUAUUCGCUCAGAGGAUGAACGUGGGAACAAGAUGGUAAAUGAGUAUGUUCGAGAAUGGAAGAUUGGUUCUGGUAGCUAUGGAAAAGUGGUUCUUUAUCGUAGCAGUGUCGAUGGGAAGCAUUAUGCAAUUAAGGCAUUUCACAAGUCUCAUUUGUUAAAAUUGCGAGUAGCACCUUGUGAAACUGCCAUGUCUGAUGUUCUACGGGAGGUCUUAAUCAUGAAAAUGUUGGAACAUCCGAAUAUAGUCAAUCUCAUUGAGGUGAUCGAUGAUCCUACCACAGAUCACUUCUACAUGGUUCUUGAAUAUGUGGAAGGCAAGUGGGUCUGCGACAGUGAGCUAGAAGAAAACAAAGCACGGAAGUACUUCCGGGACAUAGUUUCUGGGUUGAUGUAUCUCCAUGCUCAUAAUAUUGUCCACGGGGAUAUUAAACCUGAUAAUCUAUUGGUCACUGCUGCUGGCACAGUGAAGAUUGGCGAUUUCAGUGUCAGCCAAGUUUUUGAGGAUGAAAAUGAUGAGCUUCGUCGUUCUCCUGGAACUCCUGUUUUCACUGCACCAGAGUGCUGUUUAGGUCUAACAUACGGUGGCAAAGCUGCUGACACAUGGGCCGUGGGAGUUACUUUGUACUGUAUGGUAUUUGGUAAAUACCCAUUUCUAGGAGACACAUUGCAGGAUACAUACGAUAAGAUUGUUAAUGACUCUUUAGAUCUUCCUGAUCAAAUGAAUCCCAUGCUGAAGAACUUAAUAGAGGGGAUACUCUGCAAAGACCCAAGAGAGAGGAUGACAUUAGAGGCUGUUGCGGAGCAUCCCUGGUUCAUUGGAGAAGAAGGGCCUAUCCCUCAGUACUUGUGCUGGUGUAAGCGUAAGAAGUUGCAGUCAGAAGGAGCCAAUGGUGGCAUGAUUCAUCAUCAAGCUCAUACUGACGACACUGAUUAACUUUAUUAUGGAUUUGUUUUUCGUUUAGUUUUCUCGGAUUUGUUUUUUAUAUGGUCGCAAAGCUAGGGUUUUGUACCCCGGCCAAUGAAGUAAACAUGUGUAGAGCUAUGCAGAAGGGCAAUAUUUAAGUAUAGAUUUUCGAAAGUAAGGAAAAGUUAUUCAAUGCCCUUGGGCACCUCCACGUGGUGUCCUAAGGCCUCAUUUCACCACACAUUUUGGUGUCGGACCCAAAAUAAGUGUGUAGGCUUCAUUCAAUGUGUGGUUGAAAAGGGCCCGUGGCACCAUGUGAUGGAGCCCCAGGCAUUGAAUAAUCUCUUGAAAGUAAGAGAGGUUUGAGAGGUGGUUGACUAUCUGACAAACGCUGGUAGUUGUCUUUUUAUCUGACAUAUACGCUAGGGAAGAUUAUACAGGGCAUGCUUUCCCAAUUUCUUUUUAUCAGAUUUUUGAGGGGUUUUUUUUGUGUGUGUGUUCUAGCUUGUAAACAAACAGAAGAUCUGUUGGAGAAUUAAGUUUUCUGGCUUUUGGCCUUUUAUAUUUGACUGAAGAUUUUCUU